UCAAUUUUUGAAUUUUUGAGAAAAAGUGUGAGGAAAGUACCAAACACCGGUGCGGAUUUUUACUUUUUUCAUGAAAUAAGGUUCUAAAAGCAUGAAUAUUCUUAAUAAAUUAACCAGAAACGGUGUCAUUAGAAUAAACAGUCCAGGAAUAUGUUCAUCUGUCCAGAGAAAUGCCAGUAUAAAAAUCAAGGAAGAUAAUCCUCGAGAUAUUGUGAGCAGCCGAUCCGAUCCCAAGGAACAACGCCUCUAUGUCUGGGGAUUGGCCGAGCUUGGAGCUCUAGGAGAAAUAAAAAUUCGUUCGCAGAAGAAUAAACAAAAAUUUACUCACAGGCCAAUUCGAAAAAUUUUCGCUUUUUCUCAUCGUAUUAUUGAUUUUUCUUGCGGAUAUGGCUUCACGUUAUACGCUGUGAAAAGCGAUACAGCGAAACAACUAUAUGGUAGCGGAUUAAACACAGAUAGUCAAGUUGGUUACCAUGCCGUGAGAAAAGACCAACCUUUGAAAAUGGUAUUCUCUAUACAACCAAUCAGAGUACCUUUGAAAAACCCUCGUUCGACCAAUAUCAUCAAAGUAGGCGCUGGACGAGCUCACUCGAUAGCAUUGACAGAUAAAGAAGGAGUAUUUUCACUAGGAAAUAAUGCUUUCGGGCAAUGUGGUCGACCAGUUGUCGAAGACGAAGAUUACUCCAUGUUCAGAGACACGCAUAAAAUCAAAGAAUUGGAUAAUUUGUCUAUCGUCGAUGUGGUUUGCGGACAAGAUCAUACUCUAUUUUUAACCGAAAAUGGAGAAGUGUAUAGUUGCGGAUGUGGCUCAGAUGGUCAAACUGGUCUGGGCAACUUGAAGUGCACCAAUACUCCUACUUUAGUAGAAGGAGAUAUCAAAGGAGAAAAUAUUGUGAAACUUUCCUCCAGCGCUGACUCUGUUUUAGCAUUGAAUGAUAAAGGCGACGUAUUCGGCUGGGGAAAUUCAGAAUACUUUCAAAUUCCUAAUGAUACCGAAUCGCAGCAGAUAGCGACUCCUAUGCACAUUAAAAAAUUAUCAAAAUUAGGAAAAAUUAUAGAUAUCGCUUCUGGUAGUACUUUUAGCUUGGUUUUAACUGAAAAAAGAGAAGUAUUCGUUUGGGGAUUUGGAAUCUUGGGAAAAGGACCCGAUUUGAAACAGUCUAUAAUUCCUCAACAGAUCCCGGAGACAUUAUUUGGUCUAAAUCAAUUCAAUUCUGACGUAUUCGUUGAAUCUAUUCAUUGUGGAAUCAAUACCUUAGCUGCGAUUAAUAAUAAGAACGAAUUAUACAUGUGGGGCAAAAAUCAGUAUGGACAGUUGGGUAUCGGUCACGAGAACCAUCAGUAUUUUCCCUUUAGAGUUGCUAUCGGUGGCAAAGUUUUAAAAGUCAACUGUGGAGCUGAUCAUACAAUGGCCCUGUGUAAACCGUUCCUUUAAUAUUGUAGCUCGAUGCUUUAAGGCGUACAAUUUUAGAACCAGUGUUAUGUUGAUAAUGCAGAAAAAUGAAAAAAGAACUACGCAAAAUGAAAUUUUGUUCGAAGCUCGUGUUUUUGAAGAAAGAAUAAUUCUACUCACAAGGGAACCUCAAGAGGUGUCACACUCCGAUUUGAACGGGACCGUGAUUUUUGGAAGGAGCAUAGUCUAAAACCCCCAAAACCAAAUUUUCAGCUACCCAAGUUCAUUUUUCGAUUUUUGGCGAAUUUUUGAAAAUUCAAAAUUGACUGUUUUUGGCGAUUUAUGUUUUUUUAAAAGUAUGAACUUGAUCAGUAAAAAUGGUCAAAAUAGGUCCCAAAACUAAUAUUAAUUACCCAAAUCCAAAUUUUACCAUUUCCAGCCAUUCUGGAGCCUCCCGCGCGAUUUUUCAAUUUCUCCAGAAUUUUGAAUUUGCUCCAGAAGGCGUGAGAAUAUGAAGUUGGGCAGCUAAAAAUUGAGUUGUAUAUUACACUCGACCUGUUUAACGAGUUUAACCACAUUUGAGCCGAUUUUGAGAGUGACGCUUCAAAAGUGGAUUUUUGACCAGCUUUUUUCAAAGUUAAAAAAUCCAAAAAAUCAAAAGUUUCCCGUUUGUGUGGAAAUUUUCAAAAUUCACGCAAAUCGCUGUAUUUUAUCCCAAACUAACCCCCCAAAUCCAAAUUUCACAAUUUCCAGCCAUUCUGGAGCCUCCAGCGCGAUUUUUCAAUUUCUCCAGAAUUUUGAAUUUGCUCCAGAAGACGUGAAUAUGAAGUUGGGCAGCUAAAAAUCGAGUUGUAUAUUACACUCGACCUGUUUAACGAGUUUAUCCACAUUUGAGCCGAUUUCGAGAGUGACAUCUCAAGAGUGAUUUUUUGACCAGUUUUUUUCAAAAUUGAAAAAUCAAAAAAAUCAAAAGUUUCCCGUUUGUGAGGAAAUUCUUGAAAUUUGUGCGAAUCUCUGUAUUUCUUCAAGAACUAACCCCCCGGAGCGCAAAUUAUACCAUUUCCAGCCGUUUUGGAGCGAGCGGGUGACACCUCAAAAAACCACUCUUGAGGUGUCACUCUCAAAAUCGGCUCAAAUGUGGAUAAACUCGUUAAACAGGUCUAGUGUAAUAUACAACUCGAUUUUUAGAUGCCCAACUUCAUAUUCACGCCUUCUGGAGCAAAUUCAAAAUUCUGGAGAAAUUGAAAAAUCGCGCUGGAGGCUCCAGAAUGGCUGGAAAUUGUGAAAUUUGGAUUUGGGGGGUUAGUUACGAACAAAAUACAGUGAUUCGCGCGAAUUUCAAAAAUUUCCACACAAACGGGAAACUUUUGAUUUUUUGGAUUUUUUAAUUUUGAAAAAAGCUGGUCAAAAAGCCACUUUUGAGGUGUCACUCUCAAAAUCGCCUCAAAUGUGAAUAAACUCGUUAAACAGGUCGAGUGUAGUAUACAACUCGAUUUUUAGCUGCCCAACUUCAUAUUCACGCCUUCUGGAGCAAAUUCAAAAUUCUGGAGAAAUUGAAAAAUCGCGCUGGAGGCUCCAGAAUCGCUGGAAACGGUAAAAUUUGGAUUUGGGUAAAUAAUAUUAGUUUCGGGACUUAUUCUGACCAUGUUUACUGAUCAAGUACGUACUUUUAAUAAAAAAGCAUAAAUCGCCAAAAAAACAGUCAAUUUAGAAUUUUCAAAAAUUCGCCAAAAAUCAAAAAAUGAACUUGGGCUGCUGAAAAUUUGGUUUUGGGGGUUUUAGACUAUGCUCAUGCUCUAUCCAAAAAUCGUGGUCCCAUUCAAAUCGGAGUGUGACACCUGACACCUCAAGAGGUUACCUUGUCAGAUGCUAUUUUUUUAUAUUUGCUGUGAUGUUACUUAUUUUUUUAAAUAAAAAAUUGUUGUUUUAGAUUAA